AUGGAGGUUUCAAAAAAAAGAGUAGUAUUAUCAUUAUAUCGAGAAUUAAUUUAUUAUUCAAAACUAAUUACAAAUAAAGAAGAAAAAAUAUCAAAAUUAAAUUUAAUUAAAAGUACAUUUAAAAAGAAUAAAUCAAUACCUGAAACUGAAACUGAAAAAAUUGAUAAAUUAAUAGAAGAUGGACAAAAGAAAUUAAGUUUUUUAAAGAUUAUGACACCAAGAGAAUUUGCAAAAUCAUAUAAAACAACAGGUGUAUAUAGAUUUGAAGAUGGGAAAUGGAUUGAAGGUAAUGAAGAAAAGAAAUCAAAGAGACAAUAUUUGGAUCAUGGUAUUGAUAUAAUGGAUCUUAGAAGACACAAUCAUUUAGUUAAAAGAAUGCAAUUCUUAGAUAGACGUUAA